CCCUGUGUAGUCCUCAUCAAUAACAUCCAGUAUACUUCUCCUAGUGUCCCUGUCCUAUUACAGUUACUGAGCGGUGCUAUGACGGCUGCGGAUCUUGCGCCCAAUGGCUCCGUAUACACUCUGCCACGGAAUAAGGUUAUCGAACUUACGUUCAAUCCUGAUAAUUCCACUGGGGGUCCUCAUCCAUUCCAUCUUCAUGGGCACAGUUUCGCUGUUAUCAGGAGUGCUGGAAGUACUGCUUAUAACUACAUCGAUCCUGUCAUGCAUGACACAGUGACCACUGGCAACACCGGUGAUCGUGUAACGAUCCGGUUCAUCACCGACAACCCUGGGCCUUGGCUGUCACAUUGCCAUAUCGAUUGGCAUCUAUCCGCCGGACUGGCUAUAGUAUUCGCAGAGGCUCCUGAAGAUGUGGCGGCUUCGCAGCCCCUCAAUAGUAAGCACCGAGCACUAUGA